UUUACCUUGCCAUGUACAUAAUUUAUGUUGUUAUGGCUUUCAUGGGCUACUUCUUCUAUACAAACCAUCACCGUAGCAUCAACCACUUUGCUGCACAUAGUGCAAACUGGCAACCUUUGCACCUUUUUGCCAGAUUCUUCAUUCAACUGGGCUCUUAAAACCAUGUGGGUUUGGCUCUUUUAAGCCAUCUACUAUCUCUCCAAAUUGGACUUGCUAAUCUUGUUCUUGUAUGCUACCAUCUCUUUACCACCUUUGGCCUCGCUAAACAUUAAUCUGGAAGAUGGAGCGUAGCAGAAAUAACAUGAGAGCGCACUGCAAUGUUUCAACACCAUCAGAUGAAUCAGCUCUUGAAAGAAACUAUUGCAGUCAUCCUAGACUGACUUCAGUAGGCUCUGCAACUCUUCAACCUUUUGCUUCAGCUGGACAGCAUUGUGAGGGUAAUGCUGCUUACUUCUCAUGGCCCACGUCCAGCCGUUUAAGUGAUGCCGCCGAAGAGAGGGCAAACUACUUUGCCAAUCUGCAGAAAGGGAUUCUUCCCGAAACUCUUGGUCAGUUUCCUAAAGGGCAGCGAGCAACAACAUUACUUGAUCUCAUGACUAUAAGGGCAUUUCAUAGCAAGAUCCUUCGGUGUUACAGUCUUGGAACAGCGAUUGGAUUUCGUAUUCGACGAGGUGUGCUUACUGAUAUACCAGCUAUUCUUGUUUUUGUCUCUAGGAAAGUUCACAAGCAAUGGCUCAGCACCGUCCAAUGUCUACCAAAUGCUCUAGAAGGACCAGGAGGUGUGUGGUGUGAUGUUGAUGUGGUCGAGUUCUCUUAUUUUGGUGCACCUCAGCCAACUCCCAAAGAACAGUUGUACACAGAGAUUGUGAAUGACUUGCGCGGUGAUGGUCUGUAUAUCGGUUCAGGCUCCCAGGUAGCAAGCCAGGAGACUUAUGGAACCUUGGGUGCUAUUGUAAGGAGCCAAAGUGGCAGUCGACAAGUUGGUUUUCUAACUAACAGGCAUGUUGCGGUUGACUUGGAUUACCCAAAUCAGAAAAUGUUUCAUCCUUUGCCCCCGACACUUGGACCUGGUGUGAAUCUUGGUGCAGUGGAGAGAGCUACUUCAUUUAUUACAGAUGAUCUUUGGUAUGGCAUAUUUGCUGGAAUAAACCCUGAAACAUUUGUGAGAGCAGAUGGGGCGUUUAUCCCAUUUACUGAUGAUUUUGACAUGUCCACUGUUAAUACAUCUGUGAAAGGUGUAGGUGAAAUUGGUGAUGUCAAGAUUAUAGAUUUGCAAUGUCCAAUCAGUGACCUUAUUGGGAAGCAUGUGAUGAAGGUUGGAAGAAGUUCUGGCUUGACAACUGGAACUGUAUUUGCCUAUGGCCUGGAGUACAAUGAUGAGAAAGGCAUAUGCUUCUUAACUGACUUUCUUGUUGUAGGUGAGAACCAACAGACUUUUGACCUUGAAGGAGAUAGUGGAAGCCUCAUCAUAAUGAAGGGUGAGAACGGUGAGAAGCCUCGGCCUAUUGGGAUCAUAUGGGGUGGUACUGCUAAUCGUGGUCGACUUAAGUUGAAAAUUGGCCAGCCUCCAGAGAAUUGGACUAGUGGAGUUGAUCUUGGACGCCUCCUCUAUCAUCUUGAACUUGAUCUGAUCACUACCAAUGAAGGGCUUCAAGCUGCAGUACAAGAACAAAGAGCUGCCUCAGCAACUGCAAUUUGCUCCACUAUAGGAGACUCAUCACCCCCUGAUGGAAUGCUUCCAAAUGACAGAAUGGAUGACAAAUUGGAAUCAUUGGGUCUUCAAAUUGAGCACAUGCCUUCAGAAGUUGAAAAUGGUAUCCCAAAAUCAUCACUAAUGGCAACUAACUUUCACUUGGAAGAUGGCAUCAAGUUGACUCCCAGUGUUGAACACCAGUUCAUUCCGAGCUUCAUCAGGCAGUCCCCACUGCAUCAAAACAAUGUAUCAGAUAAGGAGGUGUCUGAGAAUCUUGCUUCGCUAAGGAAUGGCUGCGAUGAAGACAUAUUUGUUUCAUUGCACCUCGGUGACAAUGAAGCCAAAAGGAGGCGUUCGAAUUCUCCAGCCAGCAUGGAAUAACCUAAGAAAACCAAGGCAACCAAGGCGUGGCUCAAACGUUUGGAGUUCUGAACCAUCUUUAACUGUUGAUUCUGUUGUAUACAUAUUGUGUUUUGCACUGGUCUUGGUAUUUGCUGCUCAAACAAUGAGAGUUUUUGAACUUGGACGGUUUAUCUGGUUUUGUGAAACACAGAUCAAUGAAAUGUUAAUCCAUAUCUUGAACA